UCUCGGUUAAAAACGAGAGGGAUGAGAGCAUGGCGCAUGUCAUUCGUCUGCUACCAUCAGCACGUCAGUGGUCAGUAAAGGGGGUGUCAAUAGCCCCACAAUCGUUGAAAUGGAGAGCAAAAAAUCCACGUAUUUUGUAACAAACGCGCAAUAAAUUGAUAAAAGGCGAAUCAACCAAACGGUACCUGUAUAUAAACAAUGGCGGAAUCAACGGGACCGAUACUUCACGUUAUUGUUGUCGGAUUUCACCACAAGAAAGGAUGUCAGGUCGAAUACUCAUACCCACCGCUAGUUCCUGAUGCACCAAACGAGUGUCCCACUGGCUGGAAAUACUUGCCAACACUGUCUCUACCUGACGGCUCUCAUAACUAUGACGAAGAUACAGUUUAUUUCCAUCUACCCAGCCUUAGCGAUCCCAAACGCACAAUUUAUGGGGUAUCUUGUUUUAGACAGAUACCAGUUGAGAAAUUGAAGAACCGUACUUCAGAUAUAACCAGAGGAACAGUGCAAAAGUCUGUCUGUGUUUUGAGCACAUUGCCGUUGUAUGGCCACAUCCAAGUAAAAAUGGCUUUAAUAACGCACGCCUAUUUUGACGAAGGAGAUUUUAGCAAGGUGUCACUGCUUGAAGACACAUACCGGCAUCUCAAUUCUUGCAUGAGCACUGAAAGUAGGAUUCCACCCCAGGUUUUUGUUGGAUUGUCUGCUCGGGAUUUCAUACUCCAUUUUCGCCAUAAGGCUCUGUUGCUGUUCAAGCUUCUCUUGCUGGAGAGAAAAAUUGUAUUUUAUCAGUCUCCUGUACAGCCGCUUUGCACAGCUAUACUGACUCUGUUGUCACUGCACCCUGGUAUGAUCGAGCACGGACUGCACCAGGCUGCAUGUGUCAGGCCCUCUAGACCUAUGUCUCCGAUUCCAAACUUUGACCAAGAAGACAGUCCCGUACGAAAUCUCGAUUCAAAUUUACGUCAAAAAGAAGGCGAAGUUAUCAAAAAUUGUUCAGAAAGGGAGGACGAAUUGGAAAAUGUAUCGAUAUGUAUGAGCGAUAAUAAGACAAUUGAAACAAUGGAAGGAAAGUGUAUGGACGAGAGAAUAACUGUACCAUCAUUGAACACGAAUUAUAUAAAUGAAAAUAUCGAUGCUAAAAUCAUUCCAAUGGUUGAAACAAAAGAUUGUAACGAGUCAGUGGCUGAUGAUAUAGAUUUCAAAGAGUGCCCGAAGCCAAAUGAAAGUGUUCACAAAGUUCAUAGUAUAAAUACUAUUACGUUAGGUACGGGCGAACUUGGCAACAGUCUUCCUCGUGAUACAAGCAGUGACGCAUUAUCAGAUGCACGGAUUACCAACAACAUAACUCAAAUUGCUCACGUUAAUCCUGAACUCUGUGGUCUACCUCUUGGUCUCUUUUCAAAAGGCUACUUGUGUCUGCCGUACUUGUCACUGCCAUACCUCGACUUGCUGGGCGAUGUUAAUGUCAGAGGUUACAUUGUCGGAGCUACAAACGUGUUGUUCAAGCAGAAGAAACAGUUAAUUGAUGUCUUAGUCGAGGUUGAGACAGCACGAAUCGAGGCUACUGAUCCAGAGUUGAGACGGCAGCUACAUUUGACGACCGAGGACUUGAGAUUUGCCGACUAUGUCGUGAGGCAUGUGGCUGAGCCACGCAAGGACGUUUUCUUUGACGGUGUCGGCUGGGAAGGCGGAGAUGAAUGGAUCAGAACACAGUUUCGUGUGUACCUACUAAGCUUGUUGCGAACUUCGUUACAACAGGACACCCGUCAGUCGGAUCAUUUCAAUUCCGCAUUUGUAUCCGCUUGGAAAAAUACUCACAAUUACAAAAUAUGGAGCAGCAACGAGAAGCCUGAAAUAAACAGCAUUGAGUCUGGUCAUCCUUUUGCAGGACAGCUUUCGGUUCAGGAUAUGAAACUGCGUCUUUCGCACACUAUGCAAAACACGGAAAGCGGUAGAAAACUUAAUCAAGCGAUGGCUUCGACCGGCAGAGCAGUAGCUACAACUGGAAAAGCCGUAGGUGGCGCAAUUUCACAAGCUAAAGGUGCGUUUUCUAACUGGUGGAGCAUUUUAACCACCGUUCAAGUUGCUGAUUCAGAAACGAGAAACGAAGAAGCUACACUAGAAUGCGAAGAAAUUGUUCAAAAUUUAGCAAAUGAAUCUAGUGUUGGAUUGGAAUCUCCUGAAGUACCACCAAGUCAAGUAGACACAUCUGUUGCUACACAGUAAUCAGAAAUGUUGUUGUACCAAUUUCAUUAUCACGCUAAUUAGAAAAAUCAAAGCUGUUGACUUCAGGAAUAUAACUUUUCCUUAAUUCUAUCAAAAACCCUGCCUAAUGUAACAGAUGGUAUUUUCAUUUUUUAUUCUUCAGUUAUCUCAUUCACUGUGAGUCUGAGAGAAAUUUGUGACGUGUGUCAUUGGAUGUAAGAAAAAAAAAAUGAUCGCAAUUUUGUCGCUUUUUACUUUUUUGCAAUCAUUUUUUUUUUUUCGUUUUAUCUUUAUGCUGAGUCACAGCUUUGAUUAACACAUUUCACUUUAUAUGCAUGCACUUCAUAUGUAGAUGUGUAUAUUAUGUAGAGCUAAAAAGAGCCCAUGUAUUCUUUGGAAUAUCAAGACGUUGCUCCAAACUCCGAGCUGCGUAAAAAUGUGUGGAACAGUGAUUCGUUCAAUAAUGUUUGAAAAUCAAUUACCAGGGUUAUCUAGCUUGACCACAACUAUACCUAUACACAAUUUGGGCAAUAUUAUUGUUGUAUCAAUUAUAAAAAUUACAAAUCACACAAGCAGAAUUUUGGGAACGUCUAUCGAUCAACAUGAUCCCCGUUUUAAAAGAGUAUUUGUGCAGCCAAUCGUUUCUUAAUCAACUUUGAUUUUAAGAUAAUCCCAGUAUGCAAAAAAUCGAUUUGCAACAUUUUUCAUUCAUUUUGAAGCAUGGUUUUUGGUUGUACCGUUUCGAAAUGCCAUUGAACUUGGAGCAUAGAUUAUUAUUUAUUUUAGAUCUUACGAAACCAGGGUCAUUUUUGAUAUCACAAUAAUCAUUUAUAUGAUAAUACAUAUAUAUAUAAAAAUAGUUGUAGAUAGUGUUAAGUUUCAUAGAUGAGCUUGUAAACAAAAAUGAUCUUAUCUGUAUUAGUAAUUAAGAUGUAUCGAGCAGUAAUACAUAACUCGAUGCAUACACAUCAGUAAAACACUAAAAAUCUUUGUAUAUUACGUGAUAGAAAAGUUAUGUUUUUUGUACUUAUGUUGAAGCACUCGAAAUUUAGGUACAGAAACUAAUUGACAAAUUAGCGAUCAGUCAUUACACUGAAAUUGAAACGUUAUUCCUUUCUUUGCAAUCACAAAUCUUGCUCUAUCAAAAUUAUUAAAGAAAAGAUGAAGCGAAAAUCAAAGUCGCAUUAUAUUAAAAACAAAACUUGACACAAUGUGAUAACUAAUAUAUAACGAUAACUAUAUAUAUAUAUAUAGCCGUGUAAUUACAUAAGUAUUAGCGCUCUACCAUUCUGAAAUAUAUGCAUAAAUAUACAUUUUCCUAUACUGUUUUUGCGUUAUCGUUACAUAGCAUAUGUAUAACAAACUUACUUUAUUUUCAUUUUCAUUUUUUUCUCAUUGUAUUUGUAAUUUCUGAACAAUGUACUAAAAAAAGACUUCUAUGGAAACGUGUAUGUUAACGCAAGACCCGAUAUGACGUGUUUAAACUCGACGUUGUCAUAUAUUCUAUGUAACAAUUUUUUGUCACACUUUGCCACAAAUGAAAGUCUGAAUCAAAAAUGCGUCUGUUUAAAAACACAAAUAAGUAUAAGAAAUACAAUUCAGACUCAUAAAUCUUUUCACAUACAGCACUAUAAAUUGAAAACCCUAUUAUACGAUAUAGCAUGUGUAUGUACGCAGAAAAUUUGUAUAGCAUUUUAUAACGAUGUUAAAAUUUGAAGGUAAUACGAAAAAAAAAAAAACUAAACAAAUAACGAUUGAAGUAGGAAAA